AUGUCAGCCGAGUUGUCAACUCUUCAUUCGACCGUAGCGAAGUUCACGUUCAAACUAUUAGCUGUACUCAGCGCAGCUAGACGGUUUGCUUGCAAGUCAGCCUCAUCGGCCAAUCAAUCAGAGACCAAUCAGGAAGUACAAAGGGCAAGGAUGUUGAAAUGGGGAAAAGCGUCCUCCUCACACUCUCCUUCCUACUCCACCUCAGCUUACCAAAGCCAUGAUCACCGUUCAAGCAUUUUAUUAUACCGCAAUUUCGCUCCGCUCUUUGUUGAACUUGCCUUCUUUUGCAUCGCUAGAGAUUGCCUUCUCAUUAACACGAACUCGCCAUCAGACACUUCACGGGUGAAUGCUGUCUAG